AUGCAACAUUUCUACCCUAAUGAAGCAGAAGAUAUGAGUUUAUACAACGGACGAUUAUUGACUGUUCUGCCUUGCACACCAGGAGUUGAACGCACUGAGCAAUGCCUGCAACGCCUCCAGGACUGCGGUAUACAGCUCCCUGCGGAACAAUGCAGACACUCUCUACAGAUCCCUGCACUCAUCCCAGAGGUCCACAGAUACAUUUUCUUCAGCUCUCGAGGUUUUGGAAUAAUUCUGGCCCUGAUCUUGUAUAUCUCCAUUUGGGUCAAUCUCUACUCCACCGUACAGAUGUUUACCGGUGGCCAUAGCUGGGUCACCAGUAUCCCUGUCACUCUAACAGCUGUCAUUGUCACAGCCGUGGUCAUCAUAAUCCUCAAUCGGCAACAAAGAAAGAUAAAUACCAACACUGACAUAAUGCUGGCAGCAGCCAACGAGUCCUUCAUGAAAUACAAUGUUCUGCUGGGGAUAAGCGACCGAUCUCAGAGCUGUCGAAAUGGCCCAUCACUAUGCUUCAUCUACUUCCAUCUGUGGGGCUGUCAGCAGAGACUUUCUCAGUGCUUAGCCAGCAUGCAUCAGGAUGAUGUCAGACAUUGCUUGGACCAGUUAUUUAUUGUAAUUGAAAUUCCUGCUGACCCUAUGUUGGCACAGAUAGGCACAGCAGAUCACAUGACCGAGGAGAGCCCCCUGCUCGCCAGUGUAUCCAGUCAUAAGCCUGUUCUGUGCAGCAAGAAGAUUCCACUGAUCCUCUGGGAUGAACCAGAAGUAAUGGCUCAGCAGCUGCUGGUUAUAGCAAGUGCCUGCUAUGUGCGUCUCCUCAUCUCUGGGCAGUUACCAAAAGCCCACGGUGCUGGCCACACUGGUGUCCUGAAUGUGCCAUGUCCGUGCCAGUUUAUUGAGAACAGUAUACUGACUUCCGGCAGCUGCUUCACAUGCAUGUAGAACCAAAAACAAGAGUGUGAGAACUAUACGUCAGUUCUACAUAUAACAGUGAGUUCCCUCCCUGAGAUGACAGUGAAAUCUGAGGCAUCUGAUGAGAGUUCAGCAGCAGCAGCCUCUGGAAUAUGGAUGACCUAGAAUUGCUGAACGGUCUCAGCAUGCAUAUUGCAUUUUCCACAAAACUCUGCUUUGUCUCCUGCUGUGACCAAUUUGGUCCCUGCUGCAACAAAACUCUAAAGGCCUGAGAAGAUGACAACCUGCUGAGAACAAUCGGGUUUACAUGACUGACUCAAAUGUGAAAGACGUUUUAAAUGAACUUUUUUUAUUUAUCUAUAC